ACUUGUCCGAAUUAUUCACCAUACGACACUACUUGGUGUCUUAGUCACUAUAACAUGAAGAUAUACACUAAAACAGGAGAUAAAGGCACGUCAGCGCUAUUCUCUGGUGAACGUCGUCCCAAAAACGAUGAAGUAUUUGAAGCACUAGGUACUACGGAUGAGCUCACAUCCCAUCUUGGAUUGGCAAGAGAGUACUGCGAUGAGCAAAAUAAUGGUUUGUCUGAAAAGCUAGAGAAGAUCCAAUGCUUGCUGCAAGAUAUUGGCUCAAACAUCGCAACACCUAGAGGCCACUCUAACGAUGCUAGAAAAGCUCGAACUACCUUUGAUGAAGAUGGUGGUUUAGUGGCUGAACUUGAAAAAUGGAUCGAUGACAUGGACGAAACACUUCCACCAUUGAAGAACUUUAUUCUUCCGUCCGGUGGACGUGCUGCGUCCAGUCUGCAUAUUGCGCGAUCAGUUUGUCGUCGCGCAGAAAGACGAGUACACCCUUUGAUUGAUAAAGAUGAUGCCGAUAGCACCACAGGAAAAUAUCUUAACAGAUUGAGCGAUUUCCUAUUUAACGCUGCUCGCUAUGCAGCGCAGAAAGAAGGAAAAGAAGAGGUCAUUUACAAAAAACAAAAGGCUGGCAGUAAUCAAUAAAAUAUUUAACCAGUACAUUGGCGAGCGUACACAUAUGAUACGCAUAUUGUUCACCGGUUGGAUGAUAUGCCUCCAAAGACAAAAUAAUAUUAAAGUGGCCACUUCAACCAAUUGAAAGGUAUUACGCAUUUAGUAGGCAUUUCCUCGUUGUUCGCAAUAUGGUGUUUAAGUGCUUUAUAGUGCUUCUAUUUAAAUACAUUUACU